AUGGCAAUUCUGGUGUUUUGGCCGGAAGGAUGCCAUGGCAACUGGCGGCCCGACGAGGGAUGGUUAAGCAGCGCCGAGGGAUUUAACCACAACCCCAGAAAUGCCCCAAAUACGCCCGAUGAUCUGACACGAACUCCGGAACAUUUACGACCGGGAUUUCGAGGUCAGGUCCCGCAAUACAAUCCCCAAGAUUUCGGUUUAACGGGCAACGAGCAGUGGCAACAUCCACGUAUGUUCCGUGACAUGACUUAUGAAACGGAUGCCGCGGCCAUGGAAACCUUUCGGCAGGUUCAUCCACAGCGCCAUCGGCCGUGUCCGGCGGAAUUAAAUAUCAGCGAUCUGCCUGAGGAGUGUUUGGCGGAUAUGUCAUCGCCAGGCUUUGAUCUUAGCAUGCCAUCGCAGAUGUCCGGUGCGGGUACGGAGCAAGAAUGCCUUGCGGAUGUGUCUCCUCCGUGUAUGAAUCAGGAUGAUUCCGCGGAUAGGUCCGAGAAGGAUACACUUAAUUACAUGGACUGUGUGUAUAAUGAGAUCUCGGGUCGCUUUAAGCAACUAAGGAACCAUAUAUGGUGCAGCCCAGCUCAGGCCCAACAAGAAGAGGAGAUGGAAGAAAAAGAUGAGGCUGAGAAUACACCCUGUGACCAACAGAAUGAUAUGACGAAUCCUAUUUCCGACGACAUGGCGGACCAAUGCGAGAACCUGGAGGAUCAGUCAAUGCCCUCCUUUCAGCAGUCUCGCCUGGAAGACGAGUCGAUGCCAAAAUCAUGUGGCAAUGUAUCAUGGAGUCCCAAUGAAGUUGUUAAAGUUGAUUACCAGAAGUCUAUUGAAGCCAAUAGAUUGAUUAUGCAGCAGCAGAAGCAGCAGCAAAAGCAACAGAAAAUGCAGCAAAACCUAUGGGAUGUAUCGGCGCCCUCAAUGGCCAACUCCACCAGACAGGAAUGCUUGGAGGAUAUAUCGAUGCCCUCAUUUGACGGAACAACUCCCAAGGGAAGGCAGAGGUCAAAAUCAACUAGCAGGUGUCCCAGCGAUAGAUAUACUUCAAGCUUCGCCCAUUCAAGAUGCAUUCCAAAGACCAGUGAAUCCUUGGGAGAUUUCACCGUGCCGUCACCGAACAGAAGUCUCCGACAGGGAAGACGACCUUUGACCAAUGAAUGUUUGGAUGAUGUGACCAUGCCAUCAUGCGGCGGUUCGAGAUCUGCCAGGCAGCGAUCGGUUCGAAGGCAGCUAUUCCCAAUGACCAACGAGUGUCUGGAAGAUAUAACAAUGCCCUCGUUCGAAGGACUUUCCGAUUCAACAAGGAGAAAUUGUCCUGGUCGACAAAAUAGAUCAAUGACGAAUGAAUGUCUGCAAGAUAUAACAAUGCCCUCGUAUGAAGAGCAUUCUGAAGCCUCCAGAGACUUUAGUCUUAGCCGUCAGCAGAGAAGUCUGAUCAACGAAUGUCUUGACGAUCUAACUAUGCCUUCAUUUACUGAAGUUUCCGCAGAGUGUGAUGACGGGAGUCUAAGCCGAGAACAAAGAACGUUGAUCAACGAGUGUCUAGACGAUAUAACUAUGCCCUCAUUUGAAAAUAUCUCGGGAACUUCAGGGGCCAAGUGUCCUGAUCAGCAGCAAAGAUCCAUGACUAACGAAUGUCUAGAUAAUAUGACGAUGCCAUCUUUUGGAGAAGCAUCAACAGCCAAGAGUCCUUGUAGACAACCUAGAUCUAUGACCAAUGAAUGUCUGGAGGAUAUGUCCAUGCCCUCGUUUGAAGAGGUUUCUGGAUCAUCAAGAGCUACAUGUCCCGAUCGGAAGAUGAGAUCCAUGACUAACGAAUGUCUAGAUAACAUGACGAUGCCAUCUUUUGGAGAAGCAUCAACAGGCAAGAGUCCAUGUAGCCAACCUAGAUCCAUGACCAACGAGUGUCUGGAAGACAUGACAAUGCCAUCGUUCGGGGAAGUUUCAGGAUCAUCAAGAGCUAAAUGUCCAGACCAAAAGACCAACAAGAGUAGAGUUGCUCGACCAUUAAAAGCUAAGAGUUGUCUAAAGCCGAGAUCAAUUCAAAACGAAUGUCUGGAAGAUAUGACGAUGCCUUCCUAUUGCGAACCAUCUACUGGCAGGGGUACUUCAAGACAAAGAUCCAUGGCCAAUGAAUGUCUGGAAGACAUAACUAUGCCCUCUUUCGGUGAAGUUUCUAGGCGCAAAACUCCAGGUCCAAUGCAUAGAUCCAUGAUCAACGAAUGUCUAGAUGACAUGACCAUGCCAUCGUUCGGGGAAGUUUCUGGAUCAUCAAGAGCCAAGUGUCCUGAUCAAAGGCAGAGAUGCGUGACCAAUAAAAGUAGAAGCGCUCGAGUUUCAAAAGGAAAAAGUCGUAGUAUAAGACACAGAUCAAAUCAAAACGAAUGUCUCGAAGAUAUGACGAUGCCUUCCUGUUGCGAACCAUCUACAGCAAAAAGUCCAUGCAGGCAACCAAGAUCCAUGACCAACGAAUGUCUGGAUGACAUGACCAUGCCAUCGUUCGGGGAAGUCUCUGGAUCAUUAAGAGCCAAGUGUCUUGAUCAAAGGCAGAGAUGCGUGACCAAUAAAAGUAGAAGCGCUCGAGUUUCAAAAGGAAAAAGUCGUAGUAUAAGACACAGAUCAAAUCAAAACGAAUGUCUCGAAGAUAUGACCAUGCCUUCCUAUGGCGAAGCAUCUACAGUAAAAAGUCCAUGCAGGCAACAAAGAUCCACGGCCAACGAAUGUCUGGAAGAUAUAACUAUGCCCUCCUUUGGAGGAGUUUCUGUAGCUUCUCGGGCCAAAAGUCCAGGUCGAAGGCAUAGAUCGAUGCCCAGCGAAUGUUUAGAUGACAUGACCAUGCCAUCGUUUGAAAGAGAUUCCCUUGCAUCCAAAGACAGGACACUUAGUCGACUCCAAAGAUCCAUGAUUAAUGAGUGUCUAGAUGACAUAACUAUGCCCUCGUUUAGGGAAGUUUCCAAGGAGUGUAAAGACACUAGUCUUAGCCAAAAGCAGAGAUGUAUGAUAGACGAACUUUUAGACGAUAUGACAAUACCUUCGUUCGAAGAUGUAACCGGAUCAUCAAUGGCCAAGUGUCGUGAGCGAAAGCAGAUAUCUAUGACCAACGAAUGUCUAGAUGACAUGACUAUGCCUUCCUUUGGCGGAGUUUCGCGAGCAUCGAGAUGCAAUAGUCCUUGCCGUAAGCAGAAAUCCAUGACCAACGAAUGUCUGGAAGAUAUGACGAUGCCGUCUUAUGGAAAUGCUUCAGGAGUUUCUAGGGGCAAAAGUCCACGUUGUAUGCAGAGAUCGAUGCCCAGUGAAUGUCUAGAAGAUAUGAGCAUGCCCUCUUUCGGAAGAGCUUCCCUUGCAUCCAAAGACAGGACUCUUAGUCGACUUCAGAGAUCUAUGAUCAACGAAUGUUUAGAUGACAUAACUAUGCCCUCUUUUAGAGAAGUUUCCAAGGAGUGUAAAGACACUAGUCUUAGCCUAAAGCAGAGAUGUAUGAUUGACGAACUUUUAGACGAUAUGACAAUACCUUCGUUCGAAGAUGUAACCGGAUCAUCAAUGGCCAAGUGCCCGGAGCAAAAGCAGAUAUCCAUGACCAACGAAUGUCUAGAUGACAUGACUAUGCCUUCCUUUGGCGGAGUUUCGCGAGCAUCUAGAUGCAAUAGUCCUUGCCGUAAACAGAAAUCCAUGACCAACGAAUGUCUGGAAGAUAUGACUAUGCCAUCGUUCAGGGAAGUUUCGGAAUCAUCAAGGGCCAAGUGUUCUGAUCAAAAGCAAAGAUCCAUGACUAAUAAGAGUAGAGGGGCUCGAACAACUAGGGGCAAGAGUCCUGGUCAUAGAUCUAUGACCAAUGAAUGUCUGGAAGAUAUGACAAUGCCGUCAUAUUGCGAAGAAUCUAGAGCAAUGACUCCUUGUAGGCAACAAAGAUCGAUAGCCAACGAAUGUCUAGACGAUGUGACCAUGCCAUCGUUCGGGGAAGUUUCUGGAUCGUCACGAGCUAAGAGUCCUGAUAAAAAGUCGAGAUCAAUGGCCAACAAAAGUAGAGUUGCUCGAGCAUCUAAGGGUAAGAGUCCUGGUUUAAGGGAAAGAUCCUUGACAAACGAAUGUCUGGAGGAUAUGACUAUGCCCUCCUAUUGCGAAGAACCCAGAGCCAGGAGUCCUUGCAAACAACAAAGAUCGAUGCCCAAUGAAUGCCUGGAAGAUAUUUCAAUGCCCUCUUUCGGUGAUGAUUCUACUCAGUCGAGAGCCAAGGGUCCUGGUCGAAUGCAGAGAUCGAUGAGCAACAAGAGCAGAGGUGCUGGAGCAUCUAGAGGCAAGAGUCCUGGUCAUAGAUCUAUGACCAACGAAUGUCUGGAAGAUAUGUCGAUGCCGUCCUAUUGCGAAGAAUCUAGAGCCAAGAGUCCUUGCAGACAACAAAGAUCGAUGCCCAAUGAAUGCCUGGAAGAUAUCACAAUGCCCUCUUUCGGUAAUAAUUAUACUCAGUCGAGGGGCAAAAGUCCAGGUCGAAUGCAGAGAUCGAUGCCCAGCGAAUGUCUAGAGGAUGUGACCAUGCCCUCGUUCCGAAGUGCUUCCGUUGCAUCUACAGGCAGAGCUCUUAGUCGAUUGCAGAGAUCAGUGAUCAACGAACUUCUUGACGAAAUUACCAUGCCCUCCUGCGGAGAUGUCACCGGAUCAUCAAGAGGAGCCAAAUGUCCUGAGCGAACGCAGAUAUCCAUGGCCAACGAAUGUCUAGAUGACAUGACUAUGCCUUCCUUCGGAGGAGUUUCUCGAGCCUCUAGAUGCAAUAGUCCUUGUCGUAGGCAGAUGACCAUGACCAAUGAAUGUCUGGAAGACAUGACAAUGCCAUCGUUCGGAGGAGUUUCCAGAUCAGCAAGGAGUAAGAGUUCUAGUCGUCAACAAAGAUCGAUGACCAAAGAGUAUCUGGAGGAUAUUUCAAUGCCGUCCUAUAAUGAAGUAUCCAGAGGCAAGAGUCCUGGCCGAAUGCAAAGAUCUAUGGCCAGCGAACGCCAACAGAAUGCAUCAAUGCCACCUGCGAUUGCUGGGAUAUUGAAGAAGCCAAAGGUGCAGCAAAAUAUCUGUGACAUUUCAGCACCAUCUUUUGCUAGUUCAGGUCGUGGGGCAACAAUCGCCAGCGAUGAGUGUCUGGAGGAUGAAAGCAUGCCAUCUUUUGGCAGUUCAGGGCGCUAUGAUUCUGUUCAGGGAACCAAGGAAUGCUUGGAGAAUAUGUCCAUGCCGUCGUAUGCUGAAUUCUCUGGGUCGAUGCCAUCGCGGGGACGUAGCUGCCGGCAACAGCAAAUGUCGAUGACGAAUGAAUGCCUGGAGGACAUGACAAUGCCGUCGUUUGGCGGAUACCUUGGGUCAUCGGGACGAGGCGUUAGCUGCGAGGAGGAAAUGGGCAUGCAUUCGAGCCUCCGGCAGCGGCGACCCUAUUCCAAUCCAUCGUCCAUGGUAUGUGUGGCAGAUAGAGAAGAGGGAGCACGACUUCGGCCCCGUUUAUCGGCACCUGCUGUGAACAAUAGAUAUUGCCACCAGGAGGCGACAUCGCGACGUGGCCCCGGGAUGACGGCCGAGUGCCUGGAGGAUGUGUCCAUGCCGCAGGACUUCCUGAAGUCCUUCAACGUAUCCAAAUCGGUAGCGCGACGUGGGCCAGACAUUUCCUAUCCCACAGAGUAUUUGGGUGACGAGAGUGCUCCUUUCUCGUUUCGGAACCGAACUGGUUGCAGCAAAGUCUCCAAGUGCCCUGUACUGGAUGGCAGCGGUGGGCGCUUAGAGGAUGUGACCAUGCCCUCUCUCCACGACGACUCAUGCUAUAAUCCCUGUCUGAUGUCGGUACCCACUGAGAGGCUGGAGGAUAUAACUGAUCCUUGCCGCGCCCAUAUCCUUGAUGAUAGCGAUUCUGAUGAAUUUUUCGAAACCAUGGCGCCGCCUUUGAGCUCAACUAGAUGCGAGACACCCAAGGCAAAGACUCGCAAGGCGGAAAAAUCAGGAACGAAAUCGAAAGGUUGCUCCAAGAAGGUAACAACCUCCGAAAGACGGAACAAGAACACUUGUUCACCGAUAAUAUCGGACAGUUCCAGUGAUUCAUCGCCCAAAAUGACGCAGGUCACGAUCAAGUCCACCUCGUCGGUGACCAGAACUUAUCAAAUCCCUGCAAUAACUACGAACAAACCAUGAUCGAUGACAUGACAAUGCCCAGUUUUAAUCCCUCCUUCAAUUCAACGCAACAAACUGAAACGAUCGAUCCAUCCUGUCACGGUUUUAGCUCCAUGGAUAAUUAUGCUCCCUUCAAUGAACUCAUCCGUUCGCGGGACGAGAGUUCGAUUUGCAAUGAAAGCCAAUCCCCAUGCCCCGAAAGGGUCAAGGGAGCAAAGCAAAAGGAUCGCAGCAAUCGGAGCAAUCGUGGCAAGGAUGGUUGCUCUGGAAGAUCGCAAAGCAGCAAACGAAAGCGCUGCUAAUUGAGUUUGGGGGUUCCCCUCUUCAGCCUGGAGGAAUUUUGUAAAUUUUUUUUUACCAUUUUUACAGUGGGGAAAUUACCAACGGCAGCAUUAUUAUUUUUCAACUUCGAAUAAAUUCACAAGUAGGAGUAAAAGUAACUCAGAACGUAUAUAUUUAA